ACCACUUUUUUUACAUAUAUUUAGUAAGAUAAUAAAAUUAUAGAUUUUUUUAAGUUUUUUAACGGUUUCUGGUAGGUCUUUUCAUAAAUUUAUGCUAAUUUGAAUCAAUAUUGUUAACCUAAAAAAUAAUCCGAUAAAGGACUUCUUGAAAAUGUCUUCUUUAUUGACGCUAUCAGAAAAUAUGUUAUAAUAUACCCAUGUAUAUCUAAGUCGAGCCCCUUAUAUAACGCCUGUGUAUAAAACCAAAACAGUGAGUCGGAAAUCUUGAGAGGUCGGAGUUCAGUGUAGUGCUCAGACACAAGUUGCAGGCCGAUGUUCUUUUACUAAAUCUUUUCUUGAUACAAUGACCUCUACUAUACAUCAUCGUUGCUUAUAUACGUAUUUAUAGAAAAAAAAUCAUAAUAAUUGCAAAUCGUAGAAAAGUAAACAUAUCCACUAUAAUGAAGUAUGUAGAUUGCUCUAUUUUGGUGGUGUUCAUUGUUGAUUUGCUGGCUACAACAGGGGAUUUGGGUUUGUCAUGGACCUCUCCGGUAUAUCCGAAAUUAUAUUCUAAUAAUUCAUUAAUAAAUCCUCUACAUAGAAGAAUAACGGAUAGUGAAGAUGCGUGGUUAGGUUCCUGGUUGAAUUUCGGUGCUAUCUUAGGCCCCGUGUUGUUCGGGUACAUAUCGGAAACGUUCGGAAGAAAAGUUGGGUUAUUAGCUAUAGCAGUACCACACGUGGUGGCAUUUUUAACGUUCGCUUUCGCCCACAACAUUUACCUUUAUUAUGUCGGGAGGUUUUUGGGAGGAGUAUCUUUAGGAGGAGGUUAUUGUUUAUACGUAAUUUACAUAGCGGAAAUUUCGAAAGAUUCUAAUAGAGGAAAAAUGUCGUUGACGACGAAUACGUUUUGUGCGUUAGGAAACUUUCUACCGCUGGUGAUAGGUCCGUUUACAUCGAUGCGCGUUUUCAAUUUAAUCUUAGCUUGUUUACCAAUGACUUUUUUAAUAUUGUUUAGUAUAAUAGCUCCCGAAAGUCCGUACUAUUUAGUAAGCGUUAAGAAAGAAAAAGAGGCGGAAGAAGCUUUAAUGUACUUAAGAUCGGCGGACGCAGCUGGUGUAGCCGAAGAACUAGACAAUAUCAAAUCUUUUAUCAAAAUGGACGGUAGAGGUCACUUCACCGAUAUAUUUAACAACAAAAUUUUAAGAAAAUCUUUUUUAUUGUGUCUUGUUUUAAUAGCUUCUCAAGAUUUGUCCGGAUUUUGCGCUAUAACUUAUCAUUUACAAACAAUAUUCGAAAUUUCUGGUACGAAAUUGAAUCCGGAAUUAGCGACAAUCGUAGUAGGCGUGGCUUUAUUAUUAUCCAGUGUGACAGCUCCGUCUUUAGUCGAUAAAGUAGGUAGGAAACCGCUAAUUGUAGUUUCCUGCUUCGGUAUGUUUGUAGCUUUGAAUUUGCUAGCGGGGUUCUUUUAUUUCCACGACAAAAAUAUUAAUACGAAACCGAUGUUUUGGAUACCGAUACUAAGUUUAAUGAUUUAUAUAAUAUUUUUCAACGUCGGAAUAUGUACUGUCCCUUGGGUACUGAUGUCUGAAUUGUUUCCUAAUAAUUUGAGACAGAUGACCACCGCUGCCGCUUCUACUUUCGGUUGGAUAACCUCUUUUAUUAUAGCAAACAGUUUCAACGAUAUGACUUCGAUGAUGGGACAAUCUGGUACUUUCUGGUUUUUCUCAUCGAUGUCCAUUUUGUGCGCCACCAUUACUAUUUGCUAUUUACCGGAAACGAAAGGUAAAACUUUCAUUCAAAUUCAAGUUAUGUUGUCAGCAUUGCCAAACAAAAAUAUAGGUUAAGAAUCUCGAUAUACAGUAUGUCGCAAUUAAGAUGUUGUUUUUUUGUUACUCAGAUUUGAAUUCUAAAAUGAUAAUAAAGAUAAUAACAGUUGAAACAUAAAAAACUUUUUUGCAUUUUUAAGGUUAGGUCACUACUAAUUAACCUCCCGAAUGGUUCAAUCGCCUUCUAUUCACCAUUACCUACUGUCCUCCCCCUGUGUCGGUUCAACUACGGGACAUCCUGUAUAGUUAUAUUUUCUUCUUAAAUGCAACACACUGUAUAAAUCAAAUCUAAUUAUCAAAUUGCUUUCCACUUUUCUUUUAUAUUUAAUGAAAUUGAAUGCUACUAAAAUUGACAUUCAUAUUCACAGUUUUAAGGACUAAGAUGAUAACAUAACCCAUGAUUUUUUUUUCAUUUUCUACGUCUGCCGAAACGGCAGUAUAAAAUAGAAUUUACAUCAAUAAAAAACAAUCUACGACGUCUAAAACAUUUUAUAGGAGACUUUCAGUACUUACUUUAAGACUGAUACGUGUAAAUUUUCCAAUUUCCUCGAUAAAUAUUUUUCUAAUUUACCUUGUGUACGUUAAAUCAAAUUUGUUGGCAAUGACAGCUGAUUCUAUAUUGUGGUUAUGCAACAGACUUUACUCAGUAUAACGUUUUGCUGCAACUUCUGCUAAGCUCGACAAUGUUUAAAUAUAUAUUUUUUUAUAUUUUGUAGCAUUAUAUAUUUAUAUAAAGCCUUCGAAAAUGUAUUUGUAAAAACAAUUAUCGAUAAAAUUGAGAAUGAUUUUUCAAAUAAAAGCAGAUUUUUAUAAUAAUCUUGAAUACAUUAUUACUAAAUUUAUCAAACAUUCAUAUCUUUUAUAAAUAAUAUACGCCUGUGCGUUAGUAAAUUGUGGAAAAUUUGUUUAUUGUCAUAACAAACUCGUUGCCUGUUUUUUAUGAAAGGUUGUGAUAAGUUUAUAUUUAUUAUUAAAAAUUCACGUAGUAGUAAAUGAUAUGUUUUAUAAAA